CAACUGAUGGAUAUAAAGACCUGAAGCAUCUGGCAGAAAGAACGGUGAAACAUGAGAGUAGUAAAAGUCAUAUCAAUUGCGCCAUGAAAUUGGGACUAUUGGGAGGGGUCAACAUCAUGGCACAGAUAGAUAGUGCUUAUCAGCGGAACAUUUUAGAGCACAACAAGCAGACUGGGGAGGCUGAUAUCGUGCCUAAAGCUCUGUGGGAAGUGCGAACUGGGCCUGCAUGGUCACGACGAGUCAGCCGACUCAGUAAACCCAGGCAUUUUUGAGACGAUGUGCGAGGGCAACAAGACACUACGAUUCGUAGACGGGCACUGACGCUGUAAAAGUGCGAGUUCCACACGGUGCCAGCUCAUUGUAUCACUCGAGAGUACCGAGCAAUCUAAACACUGAGCUCAAGACAACAUGAGUGCUGACAAACUGACAGGAGGUGGCAAACUAAAAAAUGUGGAGUGUCUCUUCACAUGGGACGUGGACAAAGAUGACAUCAGCGACUUGAAGGGUGUCCCAGAGAAACUCCUGCACCGCAUCAAGUUCUAUCCUCGCAAGUACCACGCCACUUACUUCAACAUCCUGGCCUUUGUGAGUCACCUGCAGGGGAAGGCCGACACCGCCCUUGAAUACCUGGGCAACUCCGAAGCCUUGCUGAAAGAGGACAAGCGAGAUGAGGCAGACUUCCUGGUCACCUACUCCAGCUUCGCCUGGCUGCACCAUCACCUGGGCAACCUGGAUGACAUGGAGACUUACCUAGGCAAGUUGAAGAGCACAUGUGAGGGCCGAGAGAUCGCCGUGGAAGCAGAGAAAGGGUGGAGCUUCUUAAGGUUGGGGGCUAAGUUAUAUCCAAGGGCCAAGGAGAGCUUCCAGAAGGCUCUGGAAGCCAAGCCUGACAGUGUGUCCUACAACGUGGGCUAUGCUGUGGUCCUUUACCGAUUGGAGGAGCUCGUCAGGAAGGAUGCUAAGGUCAAGCCCAAAGACAGCCUUGCAGCCAAACAGUUACAGAGAGCCUUGGACCUCGACCCCACCAACGCUGAGGUGAUGGUCCUCUUAGCCCUGAAACUCCAACACUUAAAUCCUUCGAAAUCCAGAGAGCUGAUCCACAAGGCCCUCACGGAGUGCCCAGACACGCCCCAGAUAACUAGGUACAUUGCCACAUACUUCAGGAGAGAGGGUUCCACUAAUGAAUCCUUAGAAAUCUUCGAGGAGGCCGCCAAGAGAGCUCCCAACUCCUCCUUCCUCUACCACCAGAUCGGUCUCUGCCACUGGCAAAAGAUGAUCGAUAUGAAGUCCGACGGGUUGAGUGCUGGCGGCACAGAGGUUAAGGCAGCCCGCGCCGAAAGCAUCCGUUUCUUCCAGAAGACCGUGGAGCUGAAGCCAUCAAACACAUACGCCUGGGUGCAUCUGGCGGAAGCCUAUAAAGAAAGCGGACAGCUGGAGAGGGCCGAGCCCAUUUUCACCAGGCUGAUUUCAGAUGAGUCCCUGACCGAUGCUGACCAACAGCACUGCCACACUAAGUAUGGGAAUUUCCUGAUGUACCAGAGGAAGAACAACGCCAAGGCCAUAGAGCAGUUCAAGAAGGCGUACAAGAUCAGGAUCGACUGCGGAAACAGGAGUCUGGCUCGGCAGAGACUUAUGAAGUUAGCGGGUCAAAAGUCUAAAAUGAGAGCCAAGGAGGGAGCUUGGCUUUUCUGUCUGAAGUAGACUAGCAGUAGACAACCAGCUCCAGCUCCAGCUCCAGCAGCAGCAGCAAAUGUCAGUGGGCCUACUGACAGCUUCCAAACAAAGAUGACUAUAUAAAAUAAAAAUACAUGCAUGCAUCUUUUUCUAAGCUAUCUGACACUUAAUGUUUUAUGCCUGCGUGUACUUUUUGUUCUGUUUUUUUUUUUAAAUAUAUUUUUGAAUUGCUGAAUUUUACAGAAUAUUAUUUGCAUAUAUUAAUAUGAUUGGUGUUACUGUGUAUAUAUGUUACGGUGUAUGUAUUCUGCUGUUAGGAAAUGAAAUAAACAAGCAUUAAGAUUUCACAUUUAUGUACAUUAUGGCUCUUUUUAGUUUUCUUUAUGCUUAAUAAAUGUUUCAGCUCUGAAUAUCUGACAAACUGCUGGUGUGUAAUAUUGGUGUCUAACGUAGUCUAUAGCUCAGUUUGAAUGUUUGUGUGAAAACUAUUCUGUUUUAUGAAUGAU